GAGGAUUAAUGAUGGACGACAGAGAUAAAUAACGCUUUGUUUGUGAGAGACUUUUAAGCGCGUGAAAGGAGAGAGAAAAAAAUUCCCAACCAAAAUUAAAAUUUUUUUAAUUUUAACAAAAACAAAAAAAUUAAUGAAGGAAAUUUUGAGAAAAAAAUAUCUUUAACUAAAAAUUAACACAAAAAAAAACAAUUAAAAAUUCAAAAAUCUUAAAAAUUAAAUGCUAAAGACAUUCGCAUGUGUGUGGUGGUGGAAAGAAGAUUCAAAACAAAAUUUACAAUUAGAAAACGGAAAAAACGUAAACGUCGCAUUUUGAACCGGAAGGCUAAAAAGGAGAAAAACAAGACACAAGUUGUGAAUCAAAAUUUCUAAGUUUGGCGAAAAUUUUUAACUUUUUUUUUCAAAAAAAAGCUACUAGGAGAAGAGGAGAGCGAACGCUUAAGCUCAAGAAACAGGUAUUUGUUUAAGGCAAAACUAAAUACCCAAAGCUACGCCAAAAAAAGGAAACACGCACACACAGGCAAAAAAAACUUAAGGAUUCUUUAUAUGAAAAAAAAUUCUUAAAUUAAAACGAAAAAUAGAAACCAAAAACUAGACUGACAAAACAAAACUCUGCUAUAACUUUUUUUAACUGAAUUAUCAAUGAAAUUAAGGCGAUAAAAGGCUGCUGCUAAGAAAACAAAAUUUCAAAUUUUAUUAAUAACAACUUGAAAGGAGAAUUUUACGGCGAAUUAUUUCAUUCAGAAAACAACUUGAACUCAACAACCCAACCCAUUUCAUUUACGUACUUAGCUAAAACAUAAUAAAAUCAUACAAAAACAACAACAACAACGAGGAGAACUUACUAAAACAAAAACAACAACUUUUUAAGAAGAGCAUUUAUAUUUAAGUAAAACAACAAAAACAACUACACUGUUUAAGAGAUUUAUUUAAAUUAUUACUGAUACUGGGAGUAACUGUGUGUAAAGGUUUUAAGUAGAAAGGUGUAUGUGUUAGAAUACGUAAUACACACACACACGUACACGUACACACUUACUCCGUUACUCUUCGAAAAUUAUCUCUCAGCUAAAUUCUAAACGAACCACCAAUAACAUUAGUCUUUUGUCUAACUCAUAUACACACACACAUCUUUACUCUAUAUAAAAUUUCUUUAAUAUUUAUUAAGAUUAUGUUCAUGUGUGUGUGUAAUAUAACGGCGAAAUUAUUGUUAUUACUUUUGUUCCAACAAACCAAAUCAAGAAGGAGAACUUAAGGCGAAAUUCCUAUUACUUUGCUAACUUACUUGCCUUUUACAGCAGAGAGCCAGAGUAUUAACAAGGACUUGUUGGCUGAGAAAGAGAGUAAGAUUUCAUCAAAAAAAAGGGGGAGUUUUGAGUAAAAGGAUAAGAGUACCAAACUACAACGUUAUUUCUACUAAAAAAAAACUAAAACAACAACAACAAUAACAAAAUUUACCUUUAAGGAUUUUUUGCAAAUUGUUUGUAUUUUCGGCAUUCGAAACUAAAUAAUUUUGGUGGCAUCUUAUGAUGUCAUCAGAGGAGGAUAACGAAUGUUUUGGGUUGUUUACUGAUGACAAGACUUUAUUAAAAACAACAUUGGCCUUAAAUUCCAAUAAUACGCCACCUUUAGCGGUAGAUACUACUACAGCAACAGCAAUUUGCCCUGAACUAACGGCGAAAAUAGAAAUACCUUCUACGUCCUCAACUCCCAACUUAUUGCAUUUGGAAGACGAUGAAUUGGGAGAUUUAACAGCAGGACAAUUAAAUACAAAUAAUAUAAACCCACAAACAAACGAAUUAUUAACAAACGGUGGUAACAGCGAUCUUCUUGUAUAUAAAGAAGAAAAAGGCGAAAAACUCAAUUUACAAGAUACAAAUACCAUAAAAAACCACCACGACGAGAACCAACAAACAGCAGCAAACCAACUACAACAACAGCCAGACCUAUACCUCGACGAAGGGGAGAACGGCGAGGAGAACGGCAAUAUUAGCAGUGUUAAUGUUAAUACAAAUAAUAAUAAUAAUAACAGUACAAACGACGAAGGAGACGACGAAGUUAUAUUUCUCUUCGGCCAACAGCAACAACAACAUAAUAAUACUCUUAAUACAACUUCCACUACUUGUACGGCGACGACGACUACUAAUACUAACGCAAAUAAUAACAACAACAAAAACACAGCGUCUGCUUCAAAUUUAACAACGACCCUUACGACUACUACCACCACAACAACAACAGCUCUAACAACUACGACUUCAACGACAACGACGACGACGACUACGACGAAGAAUAAUAAUAAUACGACCUCAUCGUCAUCACCAUCAUCAUCCACAUUCACAAAUACUACACAACAACAAGUCGUAACAGACGUUGAUGAUAACUUAGAAAGUAGUCAUAAAGGUGCCGUCAAUAAGACAACAUCGUCAUUGUCGUCGUGCGGCUUAAAAAAUUUUAGAAAUUCCUUAAAUACGUUACAUUCCAUAAAAAAUUCAAAUAAACUUAAUACGAAUACUAAUAUAAAUAAUAAUAAUAACUCAACUACUAGUGGAAGUAAUAUCAAUAAAAAGGAAACAAAAUUCAAAGUUAAUAACGUGACAAAAUCGUCCUUAAAAAUAAAAUUAUCAAAAUCUCCUUUAAAUACAAAUUCAAAUUUAAACUCAAAUCCCAACUCAGCAACUGCUGCUAAUAAUACAAAUAAUUUAUUUAGUGAAACCCAUAAACAAGUGAAUGAUUUUUGUACGAAAUUAACAAAUCUCAAUGCAAAUAAUUUAAAUAAUUUGAAUAAUUCAUCUAAUGAUUGUUUGCUAAAUUCUUUAGAGGAAUUACAGCAACAACAGCAAAAAAGUGAUUUAAGUGUUUUUUCCUCAUUGCCAAAUUUUAUAAGUCAUUUGCAAAAUUCUACAAGUCCACAAUUGCUCGGUCAAACGCCUGCCGUAUUAACGCCGUCAACAGCUGCUGCCUUAAUGAGUAGUGCUGCUGCGGCUGCCGCGGGUGCCGCUGGACAAGCUCUAUAUGGGGCCUUAUUAAACUCUUCACAACAACAACAACAACAACAAUCCUCAACCUCAAACUCACCUUUAACCAAUAAAACAUUUUCGUGUAAUAAUAACAAUUUAAAUUCGUUAAAUUCGCCCAAUUCGGGUUCGGUAUCCUCGUCGCCCACCUCGUCUCUGUUAACGGGUCAAUUUACAACCGCUUUGGGUAAUUUGUUUGGGGCCAACGGUUUCGGUUCGGCUAAAAUGUUAAACGAACUAUUUGGUCGUCAAAUGAAGCAGGCCCAGGAUGCUACCAGUGGUUUACCCACCUCUUUGGAUAAUGCCAUGCUGGCCGCUGCCAUGGAAUCGGCCACCAAUGCCGAACUCCUCAGUGCCGCCAAUCUGGUCAACAGUUUGGGUCUAAACAACUCGAAUAAAUUGCUCAACAAUAACAACAAUACCAUCAGUAGCAGUAAUAGCAACAAUCACUCAAAUGAUCAACAAAUCUCGCCUCAAACUCCCACUCCCAAAAAUCGUCGCACUAGUAAUUGUAGUGAAAGGUCUUUGGAGGAAAAUGGUUUGGUUACACGUUCUCAGGAUAUGUUAAACUCACCGCCAAGAACACCCUCUGUGGGCAAUACAUCCACCAAUGGUGUGGUCACCACUAGCUCAGGAGCUCCCAAUUCUCCCUCGCUGCAACAGCAGCAAAAUGAUUUGGCUCAUCACAUGUUGCGCAAUAUUUUGCAGGGCAAGAAAGAGCUCAUGCAGUUGGAUCAGGAAUUGAGAUCUGUCAUCAGCCAGCAGCAACAGAUGAAGGAGAGCCAGGACUCUACGCUAAAGCACAAUAACAAUAAUUCCUCUUUGGCCAAUAACAAUAAUAAUAACAACAACAAUAAUUCUGAAAGCAAAGAAAAUUCUUCGAAUGUUAUUAAUUUGAUAGAAGAUUCCAUGUCGGAAAUUAAAAUCAAAAGUGAGCCUUUGGUGCAGCAAACACCUCUAGAACUUAUGAAUGGUUCAGUGGCUCAAGAAAGACGUAAAUCGUCUGAUUCUGAAGGUUUGCAAUCGCAACAUGAUCUCGAGGAUCAUCAAAGCGAAGCAGAUCAUUUGGAUAAUAAUGAUCAUGAACAAAAUGAUCUAAAUUUGCCUGCUCAAGUUACCAAAAAGGAAGCCGAUGACAUCUUGGAAGAUGUUGAGCUAAUGGGUUUGAAUUCACGCUCCGAUUUGGAGUCUUUGGCUUCACCCAGCCAAUCUGACAUGAUGUUAUUGGAUAAUAGCAAAGAUGAUUUAGAAGAGGAAAUGGAUAAGGAACUUAAUCCUGGUCUAAACAAAAAAUCGGACUUAAAGCGUGCCCGUGUGGAGAAUAUAGUAUCUACCAUGCGUGCCAGUCCCUCAUCGCAGCAACAUUUGCAAGUAAAUGGCUGCAAAAAGCGUAAACUGUACCAGCCUCAGCAACACGCCAUGGAACGUUAUGUGGCUGCUGCCGCUGGUCUUAAUUUUGGUCUCAAUCUACAAAGUAUGAUGCUCACCGAUGAUGGUGAUUCCGAUGAAAAUGAAUCACCUCAAUUGCAGCAAAAGCGCAAUGAAAAGAAUGCUCUCAAAUCCCAAUUGAGAUCCAUGCAGGAACAAUUGGCCGAGAUGCAACAGAAGUAUGUGCAAUUAUGCUCACGCAUGGAACAGGAAUCGGAGUGUCAAGAAAUCGAAGACAACAACAGCGAUAGCAUGGAACAAGAGGAGAACAAUGGUGAUCUUUCACCAUCUCCUUCGCUCAACGAAGUAAAACAGACAGUAGACAAUGAAAGAGCCUCCUCCACUUCGCCUUCAUUGAACUUGAAAAAUGGUAAGCAUUUGGCCACAUCUAAUUCAUCUUUGAAUUUAGAUUCAAAUCCCAAUAAUGUGCUGUCUCAAAUGAUGAGCAAAAUGAUCACGGGUAAAUUGCACAAUCCUUUAGUACAGCAUGCUCAUAUGCAGCAAUCGUUCAAUGCUCCACUGCCUUUGUUGCAGCAUAUGCCACAAUUGCAGACGCCUGAAGGGGGUUUACCUCAUCCGGCUAUUAGCAAUGCUGCUGCUAUGUAUUUGGGCCAACAGUUCUUCUUCGAACAGGAAGCUAGAAUGGCCAAAGAAGCUGCCGAACAACAGCAACAACAGGCCCAACAGCAACAAUUGCAACAACAACAAGCUCAACAGCAGCAGCAGCAAGAGCAACAAGAACAACAAAGACGCUUUGAGCAGGAGCAACAACAGAGACGCAAAGAAGAACAGGCUCAACAGCAACAACAACAGUUGCAAAGACAACACCAGCUGCAACAAUUGCAGCAGCAACAAGAACAACAAACCAUGCAACAACCUCCCAGACCUCAAUUGCAUCACAACAGACAUCAUGGCCGCCACAAUACCGCCCUGAAGACUGAACUCUCGGAAAAAUUCAAUAUGUUGCGUUCCAGCUCCAAUUCGAUCAUGCGUAUGUCGGGAGCCGACCUCGAAGGUCUAGCCGAUGUCCUAAAAUCCGAAAUAACUACUUCACUCUCAGCUCUCGUUGACACAAUUGUCACGCGAUUUGUUCACCAAAGACGCCUCUUCAGCAAACAAUCCGAUUCAGUGGCCGCUGCUGCCGAGCAACUGAACAAGGAUCUGAUGUUGGCCUCACAAAUCUUGGAUCGCAAAUCGCCACGCACAAAACAGGCCGACAGAUCGAACAACAACAGCACGAACAGCUCACAAUCCGCCCAAUCAACAGCAGGAGUUAAUGCAGGUAAUAAUGGUACUCUACUCCUAGUUAAUAAUAAUAAUAGUAAUAAUAAUACUAAUAGCUCAACGAAUAGUUUAAAUAAUAAUCCAAAUACUAACUCUAAUCCAAAUAUACCACAACAACAAACGCCACAACAACAACAAUUGGGUCACUUGCACAGCAAUGUAAGUAACACAGGCCCACCUCUGCUAACGGCAGGACCGGUUAACAGUGUCAAUGUCAAUGUUAAUGUGCCACCACAGCACAUGAACAAUCCUUGUCAAACACUGGCCCCAACGACCACAAAUCAAGUUGUUACGCCAAAUAUGGCCGCCCAAUUAAAUGCUCAGACUUGUCAAAGUCUCAUAGCUGCACCACGCCUCAACGGCAGUCAACUGUCAUUUCCCUCGCCAGCAGCAGCAGCUGCUGCAGCGAUGGGCUUACAAAUGCAUCAUGCAGCAGCGGCGGCUGCUAUGUCAGCCGCAGCUGCCGCCUCUGGCCAACAGCAAAACCUGCAGGUUCUCAAUCAAGCACAUCAUGCUCAAAAUCUCAAUGACAACAAUAGUGUCAAUGUCAAUGUGAACAUGGCCAAUCUGAGUAGUAACAAUAGUAAUAAUAACAAUAGUAACAAUCUUAACAAUCUGAACAAUCUUAACAAUCUGAACAAUAUGAGUACGAACAAUAAUAAUAGUAAUAACAAUAAUAACUGUAACAAUACUAACAACAAUAGUUUAAGUACCAUAAAUAUACCACCACCUCAUAUACGACCUUCGCCCACAGCGGCAGCAAUGUUUCAGGCACCCAAGACACCACAAGGCAUGAAUCCCGUGGCUGCAGCAGCCCUCUACAAUUCGAUGACCGGAGGCCAAGUAGGACCCAUGCAACCAAAUCCCUUCUGUAUGCCCGAACCCAGAGAUCAGCAGCAACAACAGCAGCAGCAGCAACAACAACAGCAGCAACAGCAACAACAGCAGCAGCAACAACAACAGCAGCAGCAGCAACAGUUGCUGGAGCAAAAUGAAGCCUUGAGUCUGGUAGUGACACCCAAAAAGAAACGUCAUAAGGUCACCGAUACACGCAUAACACCACGUACGGUUAGCAGAAUAUUGGCUCAAGACGGCAUGGUACCGCCCAGCCCACAAAACAAUGGACAACAAUUGCAAUCGAAUCAAAACAAUGGACCCUGCAAUAAUAACAACAACAUGAAUCCCGCCUCGCUGAACAACAAUAAUAACAAUACAAAUUGCAAUAACUCGUUAAAUGCGAACAAUCUACAGCAGCAGCAACAGCAGCUAAUGAACACUAGCAACAGCAGCAACAAUAGUAAUAACAAUACAACACCCGCCCAAAGUCCUUCUCCUAGAGGUCAAGCGCCCGCUAACUAUCACCCACAAGCGCCGCCACCACCACCACCUCCCAUGAUGCCCGUUUCGUUGCCCACCUCGGUCGCCAUACCAAAUCCUUCGCUGCACGAGUCACAAGUCUUCUCACCGUACAGUCCAUUCUUUAAUCCACAUCCACCGCAUGCACCACCACCGCCACCCCAUGGCCCACACAGUGGUGGUCCCCAUGCCCCGCCCACAGCCGCUCAAAUGCAUCACAUGAAACUUACAGCCUCACCACCCGGCGGCCUCGCCAGUCUUAUGGACUCACGCGAUGGCUCACCACCACUGCCGCCACAUCCAUCCACCAUGCUACAUCCUGCCCUCUUAGCGGCCGCCCACCACGGUGGCUCACCCGACUACAGUGCCCAUUUGCGUGCCGCCAUGGAUGCUCAAGAUCGCAGUUCCGAUUGCAAUUCAGCCGAUAUGCAAUUCGAGGGUAUGCAACCCACCAUCUCGUUUUUGAAACAACAAAUGAUCAAAAAUAGCGAUUCAUUAACUACAUCGCAUUCCUCAACCCUAACGCCAAUGCAUUUGAGAAAGGCGAAAUUGAUGUUCUUCUGGGUGCGUUAUCCCAGCUCAUCGGUAUUGAAAAUGUAUUUUCCCGAUAUUAAAUUCAAUAAAAAUAAUACAGCACAAUUGGUGAAAUGGUUCUCGAAUUUCCGAGAAUUCUACUAUAUACAAAUGGAGAAAUAUGCCCGUCAAGCUGUUACCGAAGGUGUUAAAUGUGCCGAAGAUUUACACAUUAGCGGCGAUAGUGAACUCUAUAGAGUAUUGAAUUUACACUAUAAUCGCAACAAUCAUAUCGAGGUUCCCCAAAAUUUCCGUUUUGUAGUGGAGCAAACAUUACGUGAAUUUUUCCGCGCUAUACAAGGUGGCAAAGAUACAGAACAAUCGUGGAAGAAAUCAAUUUACAAAAUUAUAUCGCGUCUCGAUGAUCCAGUACCAGAAUAUUUUAAAUCUCCAAAUUUUUUGGAACAAUUGGAGUAGAACAAACUAACAAACUAACUGAAACAAAAAGAAAACAUUUUUUUUUAUCAUAACAACACAAAUAACAACAACAAACAACCUUAAUCCUUUAAGCCUCU